CUCCUGACUGUCGCAACUCUUCUCAGACAGUGUUCAGUGUUCCAAAGCAUCAGCUUGAUUCAGCUUAGGGUGCUGCUCUUUUGUAAAUCUAAGCUACGGGAUGGUGCUUUGCCCAUCCAGCAUACUGUACUCUUGACAUAUAUAUACUACCGACUACUAACACCCACCGCCUCCUCAGCCGGCCGCCGCAGUAUGAGAAUCGGCCGUAACCCAACAUGACUUCCUCCAGACCUUCACCGCAGGCUCAGAUCUACCCUGGGAAAGGGUUGGGAUUCAUAACUCUCGGAGCCUCCCUUCACAAUGUCCUAAGCCGCGUCAAGGCCCAUCCCCAGAUAUACCCCGCUAUUGAUAUUGCGUACUCCUCUGCAGAGCCCUUGAACAAGCCAGUAAGCUUGAAACUUCCAUCGAGUGGUCUUCGUCUACGCUUUGAUGGACCCGACCAGCGACUUCGCUUGAUCGAGGUGCUGGACUUCUCCAAGAUUGCACUUGUUUAUAAGAACCAGGAAGUACUGAAAGGUGUGAAGCCAGGGGAACAGUCCGUGACACAGCAAGGCCCCAACUUUCGCCAUGUCUACAACCGUCUCUUUGGGCCAUCUUAUCCCGGAGAGUAUAUACCUCCGGAUAGCCCUCAGUCGCCAUACGGCACCUAUGUGCUAUCGUACCCUGGUGUCGCAUUCUCCUUCCCUUUGCAGAAUUCGGCAUGGUCCGAUCAGUGUGACUUUGUAGCAUUGCUUUCCUCCUCAGCAGCCUUGCCAGCAACAUCUAUGGCCAUAUUCCAGGGCUCAUCUUGGCCCGAAUCUCGAAACAAGCUAUUCACACAGCAACCGCAAUUUCCGCGCUCGCCGGCAUUGGCAAGUAAAAGCCGAGAGUCUGUUCCGGACGAGAUCGAAGAGUUUCUCAUACUUGGCGCCGGCAAGAUUGAAGCGGUGCGAAGAUCGAGCCCACCUGGACUUAUCUCGCUGUCAGAAACCACUCCUCAAGACCUAGUCGCCGAGUUCGGGCCACCCGAUGCCAUCUACCGUAAACAUGAUCGGAGAAUAGCUAUUCAUCGAGCCGCCGGCCGUAGCGGUGGCGAGGAUGCUCUUCACCUGGGCUCUUCUCCAGGCAGGGGAAUAGAUGUUACUGACAUCGAUCAAUCUUCAAACAACAGUGUGUCUGAUGAUUCAGACGACGAGCUCUUCCAACCAAACGCAUCGGAUCCUUCGUCACUACCGUCAGAAUGCUUCUUCAACUACUUCCACCAUGGAUUUGAUGCGUUCAUCUCCUAUCCCACCACGCCCGGCCCAGCCUUCCCAGAAUCUGACCAGAGAGACCCCACUCCACCCCCACCCCAUUCGCAGUUGGUGGUGACCAAGAUCAUCCUACAUGGAAAUGUGCCGGGUUCAUAUCCUUUCAAUCGUCAUCGCCGCAGCCGGUGGAGGAUCGUUUUCAGUUCGCCUGAUGAUUUUGUUACUUCGGAGACUCGUUAUGAAGAGGUUUCAGAGCGUCUCAGGUCAACCUGGAGGGGUUCUUAUGCGAGCCCUGCGGAGGAGCGGGCUCUACAGCGGCCCAUGGUUUUGAACCGAGGGUGGGGCGACAGCCCAGAGAGCAGCGUCGAAUUUCUCGGUGGAUGGGAAGAGAGCACAGGCAAAGGGCAGAGGGCGGGCCACGACGCGCAUGACGGCGGACUAGGCAAUACGGAGCUCUUCGGAUUCCCUGGUCUGUUGUUCGAGGUGAUGAAGAAUGGCGCAGUCGCCGGUAGUAUGCCGGACCUGCCACGGACGCUCGCUCGGUCCUGGUCGUCGACGCUCAAGCUCCCGAAAUCGACGUUCCCUGCACGCGUGACGCCGGCCGAUCGGACAAAAUACCUGCAGCGAUGCACCGACGACCUCUACGCCUGGCAACAGCGUGAACGACCAGCCAGCCAGCCGUUCGUCCUACACGAUGGACCGCCAUACGCAAACGGCGAACUUCACGUUGGCCAUUCCCUCAACAAAGUACUAAAAGACAUUAUUUGUCGUGUGCAGCUCGGACUGGGAAAGCGGAUACGAUACGUACCGGGAUGGGACUGUCACGGCUUGCCGAUAGAGCUGAAGGCACUGGAAGCGCAAAAGGAACUACAGGGACAGGAACACAAUGGGCCCGUUAGCGCAGCGUUGGUACGCAAGGCUGCGCGCAAGUUGGCUGAUCGGACAGUCAAGGCGCAGAUGAAGGGAUUCCGGAGCUUCGCGGUUAUGGCGGAUUGGGAGAAUCAUUGGAAGACUAUGGAUAAGGCGUUCGAGAAGAGACAGCUUGGCGUUUUCCGGGAAAUGGUUGAUAAGGGAUUGAUCUAUCGGAGGUUCAAGCCGGUUUACUGGUCGCCGUCUACUGGCACGGCGCUGGCGGAGGCGGAGCUCGAAUACAAGGAAGAUCAUGUGUCAACGGCUGCUUUGGUGAAAUACCCUCUUGCUAGCAUCCCGGAGCAUCUGGCACAGGACCCCCUGCUCAAGGAUAAGGAAAUCAGCGCUGUUAUUUGGACUACGACUCCCUGGACACUCCCGGCAAACGCGGCUAUCUCGGUUCACCCGUCUUUGGAUUACACCAUCGUCGACUCGGAUACACAGGGCUAUCUUCUCAUCGCACAGUCUCGACUGGAAUAUCUCGAGGGCAUCCUGAAGGAGGAUCUGUCGGUCAUCGUACCGGCUAUCCCUGGAUCGAAGCUCGCUGACCAAACUACCUACCGAUCUCUGUUCAAGGGACCCGAUGCGGAGCCGCAACCCAUCAUCGCCGCGGACUUUGUCACCGCCGACUCUGGAUCCGGUUUGGUUCAUUGCGCCCCAGGCCACGGUAUGGAGGACUACGAAGCCUGCUUAUCCCGAGGUAUCCCCGCAUUCGCUCCCGUGGACGACAACGGCAAAUUCACCGAUAAGGCCAUGCCCAGCGACCCUACAAGGCUUAGUGGAAAGAGCGUCCUUGGUGAUGGCAAUGCCGCUGUUCUCGAUUACGUCGAAUCCCAAGGCCUGCUGAUCACCAAGCACCGGUACGAGCACAAGUAUCCUUACGACUGGCGGUCGAAGCUUCCCAUCAUCAUCCGCGCCACAGAGCAAUGGUUCGCCGACGUAGCCGACAUCCGUGGCAGCGCCAUGACUGCAUUGGAAGAUGUCAACUUCGUGCCUACUGCCGGAAGACAACGACUGGAGAAUUUCGUCAAGAACCGCAGCGAAUGGUGUAUCUCGCGCCAACGCGCCUGGGGUGUCCCUAUCCCGGCGCUCUACCACCGCGGGACAGGCGAUGCCCUGCUCACCAAGGACAGCGUGUCCCACAUCAUGAACGUCAUCGAAGAGCGUGGCAUUGACGCAUGGUGGACAGACGAUGCCAACGACGAGGCUUGGAUCCCACCAGCUCUCCGAGAUGCCUCUGGGCCCGGCUACAGACGCGGAACCGACACCAUGGACGUGUGGUUCGACAGCGGCACCAGCUGGACCGAGAUCGACCUGCCUUACCGUGACGGCGGAUAUCCCGCAGACGUCUACCUAGAGGGCACCGACCAGCACCGUGGAUGGUUCCAGUCCGGCCUUCUCACCUUCAUCGCCCACCAGCUUGCUUCCGGACAGACUGCUUUCCCUCGCGCGCCGUUCAAGAACCUCGUCACUCACGGGUUCACCCUGGACGAGGAGGGACGCAAGAUGAGCAAGUCAAUCGGCAACGUGAUCCAGCCGGAGUCGAUCAUGGACGGCACGCUCUUGCCCCCCCUGAAGCCGAGAAAAGGCAAGGGGAAGAAGCAGGCUGAGAACCAGGCACCUGUCUACGAUGCGCUUGGCCCGGAUGCUCUGCGGAUGUGGGUUGCAAGCAGCGACUACACGCGGGAUGUUGUGAUUGGCAAGCAAGUCCUUCAGACAGUUAACACUAGUCUGCAUAAGUACCGUGUGACGUUUAAGUUGUUGCUAGGUGCCUUGUCCGACUUCCGUCCGGAGGAUCGUCUCCCUUAUGACCAGCUGCAGCAGGUAGAUCGUAUCGCGUUGAAACAUCUCUCCGACACAGUCUUGGCCUGCCAGAAGGCCUGCGAGAACUUUGAAUUCUACAAGGCCGUGAAUGCCAUUAACCGCUGGGCUAAUCUUGAGUUCUCUGCAUUCUACAUGGAAGCCAUCAAGGACCGUCUUUACACCUACGCCGAGAACAGCACCAGCAGACGGGCUGCCCAGACGACUUUGUUCCACAUCUAUCACCACCUCCAAGAGGUGCUUGCCCCGAUCACUCCGUUGUUGGUAGAAGAGACCUGGGAGCACACGCCCGAGGCCAUCAAGACGCACUGCGAGCAUCCGCUCAAACGGAUUGUUUCCGCGCCCGCCUCCGAAUGGCAGAACCAGGCUCUGGAAGCAGACUACCAGGACAUCGUGGCCGUGAACUCGGUCGUCAAGGCGAUCCAAGAAAAGGCCCGUGGCCAGAAGCAGAUGGGCUCUUCCCUGCAAUCGUUCGUCCACAUUGUUCUUCCCAAGGACGCUACAAGCGAUGCAGUCUUCGCGCGCCUCCAGUCCGAACUGCCUGAUGUGUUUGUUGUCUCGUCGGUCAGUCUCGGGGCGCACGAGGAGCCGAUCCCGGAGGACAUCCGCAAUGCGAAGUGGCAGUAUAGUGAGGUGUACGAGCUGCCGAGCGGGGGGACAGGCACGGUAUAUGUGUAUACCCCGCAGGCGAGCAAGUGUCCGCGUUGCUGGCGGUAUGUGGUGCCCGAGACAGAGGCGGCGGAGGAGGAGACGGUGUGUGGGCGCUGCGAGGAGGUGGUGCAAGAGUUGGAUGCAUCGAGCUGAGUGGUCAGUUCCUUGUUAGCAUUUGAAUCGUCCAAGCUAGUGCUGCAUGUGUAUUAUAAUAGUAACAGUUAGCAUAGAUUUCG